AUGUCUCUCUUCUCAGGGCACGUCUCUACAUGCACGAUCAUGCACCGCUCACUGUCAACUCAAACUGAUCUAAAUCAAUCAGGCUCGAUCACUAACCUGCCAGCAUUAAACCACGUCUUUACCGUAUAUAGACUGGGAGCUGCCCCCGCGGCAUCUGCUCCAGCAAAUCCCUUUGGAGGAUUCGGCGCAGCAUCAACGGCAUCAGCUCCCGCCGCUGCUGCCCUGACCGUCUCGCCAUUCGCUGGAUUCGGAACAAUGCCAGCGGCGGCAUCUGCCGCGGCAACCACAACAAGUUCGCUCUACCCUAGUCUGACUACUUCGGCUGCUGCCCCGAAUAGUCUCUUUGCAACUGCACCUGCGACUCUCUCAACAGGCUCUCUCUUUGGCAGCUCGACCUCUACCGCAGCCUCGACUGCUCUCACCAACGCCGCCUCAAAGAACCCUCUCACCACAUCCACCUUAUCCACCGCGCCUGCCGCCGUGGCACUAACUCCGGAUACGAUUGCAGGAUCGACCAAAUACACUGAACUUCCAGCUGACGCCAAAUCCACACUCGACCAAUUCCACACUUUCUUGCAGGGACAGAUUCACCUCUCUGCCACCCUCACAGCCCGCCCAUCAGAAUCUCUGGACAAAAUCUCAAAGGACACUGCAGAAUUGUCCAAGAGAUUGGAGACGUUGAAUGAUGCACUGGAGAGAGAUACAAAGAUGAUUGGCGCCUUGCAGGACCAGGUUGUACAAGAAUUCAAGCAGGCCGACUCUGCUGGACGGGUCAUCGAAGCUUACGCAAACACAUCGCAUGCCAACUUUCUCUACGCAGGCAACAACUCUGCAGGACAAUAUUUCACAGAGAGAUGCUUGGACUUUGAGGAACAGCUUCGCCAAUACAGGAGCACCAUCGAGGAAAUCGAGCGCCAUCUGGCCUCAUACGGCGCCAGGAACCCUCAGGUUCCAUAUGCGCUUACUGAAGUGUUGAGAAACCAGCACGAGGGGUUGUUGGCAAUUGCAGGAAGGGUGGCGGCUCUCCAUGAUGAGAUCAAGGACAGGGAAAAGGCGUAUCUCAUGUUCAGGCGAAAGUACUUUGACGACGAUACGGAUCCAUUCCAGGCCAGCAACAAGCACAGAAAGACAGACACUGCCCAUCAUGGCCACAGUCUCCGCAGCAGUGGGCGUACGCCUGAGGGUCAAAAGUCGUUCAGGGAGAUUGCCAAGGAAACACUUCGUCCAGGCUGGGGCGGUUCUGCUGCUGCUCCUGCUGCUGGAGCUGCACAAACUGCAGGAGGUAGCUUGUUCAGCACUGCACCAGCUCUUGGCUCAACCUCCUUAUUUGGCAAACCUGCAGGAUUUGGAUACUCUACGACCACGACUAGCGCCGCCCCCUCCUUUUCGCUCACAGCACCCACAUCUGCAGCACCCACGACAGGACUCUUUGGUGCGCCAGCAGCAGCCGCACCCACGAGUUUGUUUGGCGCCCCCGCUGCAUCAGCAGCGCCUACUACCAGCUUCUUUGGAGCUGCUCCUGCUGCGUCAGCUGCUCCCGCUACUGGAUUGUUUGGAUCACUUGCAGGGUCUGCCCCAGCAACUGGACUGUUUGGAGCACCAGCACCGACCACUGCAACACCCUUUGGUGGACUGAGGUUGGGAGGCAAGUAA